UUGGGGUUUGCAGAAUUGCAGUUGCAGAUAAACCAAAAUUAUAUCAAAGGCAAGAGCUUUAGCAUCACAACUAGUUCUGAUUGGUGAGUUUCUUCUCUUCUUUGCUCUGUUUUACUUUUAUCCUCUUGGGUCUAUUUGAAGAACCUUAAUAAAUGGAGCCUAAACUGUUGCUUUCUUCUUCUUCAUCUUCGCCUUUACCAUUCUUCAUCUCAAAUAAACUUCCUUUCCUUGAAAAACCAAAGCUUUCUGUCAAACCUCAUUGCUCCCUCCAAAAGUCUCAAUUUUUGGGGAGGAAUUUGAGUUUGGUUGUGUCACGGCCAAAGGGAAAUGUGGAUGCUCAUGCCCCAUUUCGAUUUUGGCCCAUUAGAGCAGCGGUGAAGAGAAGGAAAGAGCAUUCAUUUGAUAAUGUGAUACAGAGGGACAAGAAGCUCAAAUUUGUUCUCAAGGUAAGGAAGAUUCUAGUGAGUCAACCAGACCGGCUUAUGUCGCUUAAGCAGCUUGGUAAGUUUAGAAGAGAAUUGGGUCUGGAGAGAAGGAGGCGAUUUAUUGCUCUGUUGAGGAAAUUUCCUGCGGUUUUUCAGAUUAUUGAAGAGGGGGUUUACUCUCUUAAAUUCAAAAUGACCCCAGAAGCUGAAAGGCUUUAUCUUGAGGAAUUGAGGGUUAGGAAUGAAAUGGAAGAUUUGGUUGCUGUCAAGCUUAGGAAAUUGUUGAUGAUGUCACUCGAAAAGCGGAUAUUGUUGGAAAAAAUAGCACAUCUAAGGAAUGAUUUGGGACUCCCACAUGAAUUUCGUGACACCGUUUGUCAUAGGUACCCUCAAUACUUCAAGGUUGUUGCAACUGAACGAGGCCCUGCAAUUGAGUUAACACAUUGGGAUCCUGAGCUUGCUGUAUCUGCAGCAGAGCUAUCUGAAGAGGAAAAUCGGAUUAGAGAACUUGAAGAACAGAAUUUAAUCAUAGACAGGGCUCCCAAAUUCAAAAGAGUAAAGCUUCCAAAGGGUCUUAAUCUUUCUAAGGGUGAGAUGAGGAGGAUAAGUCAAUUCAGAGACUUGCCUUACAUAUCGCCAUACUCGGAUUUCUCAGGGCUAAGGUCAGGAACGAGGGAGAAAGAGAAGCAUGCUUGUGGAGUUGUUCAUGAGAUUUUGAGUCUCACUCUUGAGAAGCGAACUCUCAUUGAUCACCUUACUCAUUUUCGAGAGGAAUUCAGAUUCUCUCAGCAGGUGAGGGGGAUGCUGAUAAGGCAUCCUGAUAUGUUUUAUGUCUCUCUCAAAGGAGAUAGGGAUUCUGUGUUUCUGAGGGAAGCUUAUCGAGAUUCUCAGUUGGUAGAGAAGGACCGUUUAUUACUUAUAAAGGAAAAGCUUCGUUCUCUGGUUAAUGUUCCGCGGUUUCCCAAGGGAGCUGCUCGCAGAAGAGUUGGUGGCAUGCAAGAGAAUAAUGAUAGCAGAGAAGAUGAAAGCGGUGAAGAGGAAGAAAAAUGGUUAGAUGUUGAUGAUUUUAUGAAUGACCAUGGAUUUGAAGUCAAGGAUGACGAUGAUGAGGACGACUGGAGUGAUGAAGAUGAUGAUGAUACACCACCAGAUUUUGAUGAGGAUGCUGGAAUAUUGGAGAUUGAACAAGGAAAGACAAUUAAACAAGUUGAAGACUCAAGACAGAAUGACGAAAUGGUUCUUCAUCCUGUAUUCCCUGAUGGUCGUCCCAGAGAACGAUGGUAAUCUUCACAGGAGCUCUGAAGCUUGGAAUUUUUCAUGCAGGAGAGCAUUUGGCUUCAAAUUUUAUUUUGGACUGGCUGAUUUGUAAUGGUUGCUUUAAGCAAUGAGUUUUGACUUCACUACCUUGGAAGAAUAUAUGUUAUCUUACUAAAAUGAGCAUUCUUCAUUUAGCAUCCACAGUUCCUGAAUUUGCUCUGUAACCAAAUCUGAAUGUCCAACGGAUGUAAAUGACUGUCUGCAUCCUGCUCACUGUAUAAUAGAUUGAUGCUUCUUAAGUAAGUAGUAUUAUCUUUAAAACUUUUAUUUGGAGUACUAAAUGGAAUGAAUGAAAAGGUU